CGCUUCCCUCCCUCUCGAUGGAUCCGUCCUACGUCCCGAGGAGCUGGAGUCACUCGCUCACUUUUCCAUCAGGAGACUUUGGGACGCUUGAACGGGAUCAGCGGCGGUCGACGAACACCUUUCGACUGAGCGGGAUGAAACGCGCUAUUCUUCUGCAAACGAACCAUCAGAAAGAGUUUCAUUCACUGCACACUUGAGACAAAACGCGCUUUGUUCGCACGCGCAGAACUCGCUUAUCGCUCGUGGAGAGGUCUGGAAGUUUAAACGCACUGAUUCCCGAAUCCAGCUGCAUCCCAGGAAGGAUGUACACACUGAGGAUUACAGCCAGAACUCCUCUAUUGCUGCUGUCCAUCCUCCUCACAGCGUUCACACACGCAGUGGCUGACGUGAACCUGUCGCAGUCUGGAGAGAUCGAGGCUGUAGCUGAGGCCCAGAGUGGAGGACUGCCAACAGCUGAAGGUUAUUUCCUGGAGUUUGUGGAGCCGCCAAACAAUAUAACUAUAGUGCAGGGCCAGACGGCCACUUUACACUGCAAAGUGGCAGGCCACCCGCGGCCCAGCAUCCGCUGGCUUAAGAACGACGCCCCGGUGGUGCAGGAGCAGGGCCGAGUCUCCAUCCGCAAGACAGAGGCUGGAUCCAAGCUCCGCAUUCAAGACCUGGACACCACCGACACCGGAUACUACCAGUGUGUGGCUUCAAACUCCAUCAAGGUCAUUGCGGCUACUGGAGUGCUCUAUGUGCGACUGGGGAGUGGAGGACAGUCCCCGGCCCAUGGAGGAGAAGACUCAACGCACGAGAAGGGCUUCUGCCAGCCGUACCGUGGCAUCGCGUGCGCUCGCUUCAUAGGGAACAGGAGUAUCUACGUGGAGUCUCUGCAGAUGCAGGGAGAAAGUGAAAACCGCAUCACUGCGGCCUUCACGAUGAUCGGCACCUCGACCCAGUUAUCAGACCAGUGCUCUGAAUUUGCCAUCCCGUCCUUCUGCUAUUACGUCUUCCCGUUGUGCGAGGAGGGCACCAGAGGUCCAUGGCGGCGCCAGCUCUGCCGCGAAGAGUGCGAGGCUCUGGAGAACGACUUGUGCAAUGCAGAGUACACCAUCACACGCUCCAACCCUCUCAUCCUCAUGCAACUCGAGCUGCCCGCGUGCAACCUGCUUCCCCACCCCGGCUCGCCAGAAGCUGCCAGCUGCAUUCGCAUCGGCCUGCCACCGCAGUAUUCACCCCCAAAUCACAGCUGUUACAACGGAAGUGGCGCCAACUACAAAGGCACGGUCAGUGUCACAAAAUCAGGCUACCAGUGUCAGCCGUGGAGCGCACAGUAUCCACACAGUCAUCAUCUGACGCCUGUUGAGUACCCUGAGCUCAGAGGUGGCCACAAUUUCUGCAGGAACCCCGGAGGGCAAAUGGAGAGCCCUUGGUGUUUCACUUUGGACCCUAAUGUUAGAGUGGACGUCUGUGACAUUCAGCCCUGCAAGCCUCCGGAGAAAAUGAAAAAGGAGAUACUGUACAUCUUAAUCCCCAGUAUAGCCACCCCUCUUGUUAUUGCCUGCUUAUUCUUCUUGAUCUGCAUGUGCCGCAACAAACAGAAGGAGUCUGCUGAUGACACCCCCACUCGCCGCCAACUAACUGCCUCACCGAGUCUAGAAAUGGAGCUGCCUCUACUUAACCAGCACAAGCAUCAGGCAAAGCUACGAGAACUCAACCUGUCUGCAGUUCGGUUCAUGGAAGAGCUUGGAGAGGACCGUUUCGGAAAAGUCUACAAAGGUCACCUCUACGGUACGGCUCCAGGUGAACAGACCCAGGUGGUGGCUAUAAAGACGGUCAAAGACAAGGACGAGGGUCCUCUACGGGAAGAAUUUCGCCAUGAGGCCAUGCUCCGGUCCCGCCUACAGCACCCCAACAUCGUCUGCCUUUUGGGCGUGAUAACUAAAGAACAGCCCAUGAGCAUGAUCUUCAGCUAUUCGGGCCACGGUGACCUCCACGAGUUCCUGGUCAUGCGAUCCCCUCACUCGGACGUCGGCAGCUCUGAUGACGACAAAACGGUCAAAUCCACUCUGGAACAGGCAGACUUCCUACACAUCGUCACACAGAUAGCAGCCGGAAUGGAGUAUCUUUCCAGCCACCACGUGGUACACAAGGAUCUAGCUGCCCGUAACAUUCUAGUUUGCGAUAAACUCAACGUGAAGAUCCUGGACCUUGGGUUGUUCAGAGAGGUCUACUCAGCCGACUACUACAAGCUAAUGGGAGCCAGUCCCUUCCCAAUCCGUUGGAUGUCCCCAGAAGCCAUAUUGUACGGCAAGUUCUCCACCGAUUCAGACAUCUGGUCCUACGGCGUGGUGCUAUGGGAGAUAUUCAGCUAUGGCCUCCAGCCGUACUGCGGCUAUUCCAACCAGGAUGUGAUUGAGAUGGUUCGCAACAGACAAGUCCUUUCCUGCCCAGAUGACUGUCCAGCCUGGAUUUACACACUGAUGCUAGAGUGCUGGAAUGAGUUCCCCGCAAGAAGGCCAAGAUUCAAAGACAUUCAUGCCCGGUUGCGCACCUGGGAGAGCUUGUCCAACUACAACAGCUCGGCGCAGACCUCAGGAGCGAGCAACACCACUCAAACCAGCUCCCUCAGCACGAGCCCCGUCAGUAACAUCAGCAAUGCCCGCUACAUUAGUCCCAAAAAGUCUUCCCCGUUUCCCCAGCCUCAGUUUGUGUCCAUGAAGGGCCAGAUGCGCCCAAUGGUGCCGCCCCAGCUCUACAUCCCAGUCAACGGCUACCAGCCAAUGCCGGCUUAUCCGUACAUGCAGAACUUCUACCCCAUGCAGAUCCCAAUGCAGAUGCCUCCACAGCAGCUGCACCCACAGUUGGUCGCCAAGGCUGGAUCGCACCACAGCGGCAGCGGCUCCACCAGCACCGGCUAUGUGACCACGGCACCCUCCAACGGAUCUGGCACGGAGAAGGCGGCCCUUAUGAAUGAAGACCUGAAGACGACGGAUGAGGAUUUCGCUGACGGAGCCUCUCAAAGUGGCCUGCACAAUGAGGACCUAUCUGUUCCUGAGACAGAGCUCCUGGGGGACAGUGACAGCCCGCGGACCAAGGGCAAUGAAAUCAACUUGAAAGCGUAGAUGAUCUUUUUAAAUUGGUUAGAUGAGAAGAAUCAUUUUCUGAAGUUUUUCUCAGUUGUACAGGUUUAAAAAGUGAAGGGAAACCAGUGAGUGACACAUGGACGUAGUGUUAUUUAUGGGUCUUUUGUUUUAUCAGCAGCCACUGAUGGAUGAACGCAUCAUGCUGUUGGAGAUAUUUUUAUAAGUAAUGUCAGCUUCACCCAUGAGCUGCAAUUUUUGUAGUCUAUGAUGAAGAAUCGAGCUUUCAGCCCUUCUGCUUUGGGGUCGGUAGCAGAUGAUCUUGUUGGUUUGGUUGUUUUAAUCAAAUUGUUGCAAAGCUAUUCAGAAGAAUGCAUGUUCUUACUGUUGCUGUGCAACAUGAAACAUCAUUUCAAGCAUGUUGUGGGUACCAUUCAUUAAUGUAACCUCUUCUCAGUUGGUGGUGUCAUUGAGAACAAGUCAUUAAUCGAGCCUUUUGGCUCCACAGGUUUAAAUGUAUUUCUUGCUUGAGGGCUUUGGUAAAUGAUAGCAUGAUGAAACCUCAUCAUGGAUCACGAUAUUGGACUAUAAACGAUGUGGAUGUGCAGAGACAUGGAUGCUGACCCCAAGACAUUUGUGUCCUUUUUUUUAGAAGUUGCUUUUAUAAAACUCCUGUUGAUUUUCUGUUGUAAAGGUUUGUAAUUUAUGCCAUUGAUUCUCUUGAAGAUUUGUAACUGGUUUGUAAUGUUCUUUGUCUUAUUUUGUUUAGCCUGUAGUAUUACUUUAAAGUCAUACCAACCGGAAACUUGCUUUCUACCCAGAUGUUAUUAACAAACAUUAACCAUAUAUUUUGUUCAUCCAGGCACGUGGAGAAUCCAAUAAAGUAAUACAUAAUAUGAUAUUACUUGUGGGGUUUCCUCAACUUGUAUUCAGUCAAAGCUACAAUCUAGACAUUGGAAAAGCAUUUUGCUAUGAUAUUGUAAUUAAAAUAGCACAAUCGUGUAUUUUAUAUGACUCGUUAUAUGUACUUCGUGAAAGAUUAAGUAACUGAGUGAGUGGUGUGUGCUGGUUCAUGUUAACCAAUGACUGUAAAGUAGGUGUUCUUAUUUCCCAAGAAAGGCGGGACCAAAGUAAUAACCGAUAUAUUCUCCACUUUUGGCAGACAAACUGCAAAUAAUUUACACUUGCAUACAGAACUGAUACUUCUGCAGUAAUACACGUUUGCCUGCUGAGAUGUCAACAGGUGCUUGUUGCUCCACGCAGGAUGAACUGGCUCGCAUCAGCAGUUUACGGAAUGCCUACCAGUUUCACGCGGCGCCCAGCAUCCGUGCAAACAGUGGGACGCGACGGAAAAGACAGUUUACGCCUGAUGAGCAGAAAGACGGUAAUUACUGGCUCAAACGAACUCGUAAUAACGAAGCUGCGAAGAGGUCUCGCCAGCGCAAGAGGAUGGAGGGACAUCUUCUGGAGUCGCGCGCCGUCGAGCUUCAACGAGAGAAUGACAAAUUAAAGGCUGCGCUCUCUGCAGUCCAUCAUCACAGCACGGCUCAAAGUAACCCGAUGCAUGCUGCUUCUGGGUUCCCUCUUGGGCUGCCAAAUGGCUGUUAUCCGCGCAGUUUUGCCGUUCC